AAUACUUCCUUUAUAUUUAAUUACAAAUUAAAGUAGAAGAGAAAAAAAUCAUUUACUUAUUGGAUUCAAAAUGACAUUCAAAUUAGUCACGUGUCUUUGCUUGUUGGCUAUUGUUGAGACAAAGAUAUUUAACAAAUGCGAAAUGGCCAAUAUUUUGGUAAAAAACCGAAUUCCUAGACGAGAUGUAGCUAAUUGGAUAUGUUUGGUUAGACACGAAAGUAAUUUCAAUAGUCGAAUCAGAAGUAAAAUGAACAAGAAUAAAACCUUCGAUCAUGGAAUUUUUCAGAUUAACGAUGGUUAUUGGUGUUCUCCCGGACGUUAUAACGAAUGUAAAAUCUCAUGCUCGGCUCUUCGUGAUGAUAACAUUAGUGACGAUAUUAAGUGCGCUAGAAAGAUUUACUCUAGACAUGGAUUUAGAGCUUGGUACGGUUGGAGAAGAAAUUGCAGUGGAAAGAACUUGAAAAGUUAUACAAGUGGAUGCAAAUAUUAAUGAAAUUUUUAUGUGGAAAAAUCUGUAAAAAGGAAUAAAUACACGAUUAUAUGCGAAAUAUGUUAUUA